AUGGAUACAGUAGCGGAGCAUUUUCGCGAAGCAGUGAUCUCAUCCUAUCAUGAGAACUGUCCACUGAGGUUCAAAAGAGAUAAUUAUAAGUCUUCUUGGUGGAACAAAAGCCUGAAAAAACAAAGAAACGAAGUUCGACGAACCCUCAAUCGAGCUAAAGAGUCAGGAGCAACGAAUCGUCCAGACUUAAUUGACCCAGCUCUCCUGAGGCCCGGAAGAUUUGACAAGUUACUGUAUAUUGGUCCGUGUACAGAUAAAGAAUCGAAACUUUCAGUCUUAAAGGCUCUUACACGAAAAUUCAGUCUCUCAAAUGAUGUCAAUUUAAUCGAAGUUGUGAAAAUCAGUCCGAAGAAUAUAACGGGGGCAGAUUUUUAUGGAAUUUGUUCUAGUGCGUGGUCAUCGGCUGUGAGAAGACUUAUCAAGAGAAUUGAAAACGGUGAAAUCGAUUCUGAAUACGGCCAAGAUGUUAUUGUUAAUUUUCAAGAUUUUGGGGAAGCUAUGAUGAAUGUCAAGCCAUCCAUAAAAUCUGAAGAUUUACUAUAUUUCGAAAAGUUGAAGAGGGAACUUGGAUCAAAUCAAUGAAUGUAAUUGUGUAUAUGAACCAACUUAUCUGAUAUGAAUUGUUUCAUUGGUUAUUGAAAUGGAUGGAGACUUUUCAAAUUGUUAAACGAAAUUCUUGUGUUAUAUAACCUUUUAUAUAUCUA